UGUAGUGCGGCUGCAAUUCAAGCCAAGGAUGUUGGAAGACACAAAGAGGGAAGUGCCGACAUACCGGCGGACGCCCUGCCGACCGCGACGUUUCUAUCUCGAUAAAUACAACCUGCUCAUGAAGAACAGGUUGGCCAUUCAUUAUUGCCGGCAAAGAACAAAACAAAGGUUUUGAGUCAUUAAGCUCUGGAGAUUUCUCAGUUUGGACGUGAAGAAUGACUGGGUACCUUGAGGGAUCAAAAUGAAACCACCGUAACAGAGUUGGCAGCUAGAAUUCUCGGCUCAAAAUACAUUCCCGCAAAAACAACAGCUUAAAUAUCAGUUGUGGGUUCAACCCUCAUCCCUGGUGACCAUGUCGAAGUGUCCUUGAGCAAGACACUGAACCCUGAAUUGCUCCCAGUGGCACCAGCAGCCUCCCACUGAACAUCGUCAAGAUGCAAGAGGGGGAAGAGCCACUUCCUUAUGGGCAGCAGUCGGAUAGCCGUCUAAAGAGCAAGAAGCCACCCAGUCUUGUCAUAGCAAUACCCAACCCUGAAGAGAUGAUGCCUCAUGACCCCACUAAACAGCCCCUUCGGCCAUCUUUGAAGAAAAACACCGGUGGCCAAGCAACCAGCUCUGUGUCCGAGAGUGUCACCGGAGCCGGAGAUGGAGGCCGGUCAGCCUCAGAGAGAAGGGAAAAGUUUGGAAGACAGACUUCGCUCUCACAAAGUAUUCGCAAGAAUACAGCCCAGUGGUUUGGGAUAGGAGAAGACUGUGAAAGUAAGCAGCAGGUUUGGCAGAGGAAGAGUCUGCGCCACUGCAGCCAACGCUAUGGCAAGCUGAAGCCACAAUUCAGAGAUCCCGAUACAGCCACAAACAUCGAGCAGAGCCUGGAAUCACCGGUCCCACCCAAGAUGCCUAAGAUUGUGGACCCCCUGGCGCGGGGACGAGCGUUCCGUUACCCAGAAGACAUAGACACUCGCUCCCCCAAGGCUCCCAUCACCCCUGGGGUCACCUCACUCAGCUCCUUUACUAGCCAGCGCUCCGGGUACAGUCGCUUGCCCAAACGUAAGAGGGAGUCUGUUGCCCGCAUGAGCAUCCGUGCAGCAAAUAACCUGCUGAGGGGCCGUAGCGGCUUAGCGGGGUCCCUUGCCGGCCGCAACUUUCCCAGGAGGAGCUUUGUCAGGCCCAGCUGGAUGGACGAUGACACUGUGGACUCAGCAGACAUGUCUGAGUCACUCUUUUUUAGCAAGGUCGAUGUCCACGAUGAGUUGUACUCUAUGGCUGAUGAUGUAUUUGAGUCACCACCAAUGUCCGCUGCUUUUGCUCCCAGUGAGCAACCAGACCAGAAAUUCUCAAGCCUUAAAGAUGUAUCUCGAACACCUCGCACACCAACAGCGGCCCAGGAGAAAAGCCAUUCGCGACGUGGCCGUCGCAUCGCUUCCCAAGUGAAGCACUUUGCUUUUGACAACAAAAAGCGUCACUAUGGAAUGGGCGUCGUGGGCAAGUGGCUGAACCGGCACUACCGACGCAGCCUCAGCAGUACCAUCCAGAAGCAGUUGGAUGACUUCCACAGCCAUAGGCCUUACUUUACCUACUGGAUCACCUUUGUCCAUAUUGUAAUCACGUUGCUGUCCUGCUGUACUUAUGGUUUUGCCCCUGUGGGGUUUGCACAACAUUCUAAAACAGACCUAGUGCUGAAGAACAAAGGCAUCUAUGAGAGUGUCAAGUACAUCCAACAACAGAACUUUUGGAUCGGCCCGAGAUCUGAUGACCUGAUUCAUUUGGGGGCCAAGUUUUCUCCAUGUAUCCGACAGGACAGACAAAUAGUCCAUCUGAUUCAGAAGGCCAAAGAUCUGGAGAAAGAGUCUGGGUGUUGUGUUCAGAAUGACAACUCUGGAUGUGUGCAGACUCUCAACUCCGACUGCUCUGAGACACUGGCCACUUUCAUCAAAUGGGACAAUGAACUUGUGGAUAUCAGCAGGUCCUCUGGCUCUGUAUGUCACCAGGAUCCCAGAGUAUGUGAAGAGCCUGCUUCUGCAGAGCCUCACACGUGGCCAGAUGACAUCACCCUGUGGCCGGUGUGUACAUAUCCACAAAAAUGGAACCAUACCGGCUACAGACACAUGGAUUGUAACAUCAAGGGUCGACCUUGCUGUAUAGGCACUAAGGGCAGGUGUGAGAUUACAACCAGGGAGUAUUGCUCUUUCAUGCACGGCUACUUCCACGAGGAUGCCACACUAUGCUCACAGGUCCAUUGUCUGGAUGACGUUUGUGGCCUGCUUCCCUUCCUAAACCCUGAUGUACCUGAUCAGUUCUACCGUUUCUGGUUGUCCCUUUUCCUCCACGCUGGGUUACUACACUGCGUGGUAUCAGUAGUGUUUCAGAUGACCAUAUUGAGAGACCUGGAGAAGCUGGCUGGGUGGGUGCGCAUUUCCAUCAUUUACAUCUUCAGUGGUAUAACUGGAAACCUUGCAUCUGCCCUUUUCCUGCCCUACAGAGCUGAGGUGGGUCCGGCAGGUUCUCAGUUCGGCCUCCUAGCGUGCCUAUUUGUUGAGCUCUUUCAAGGUUGGCAGAUGUUGGAGAAACCAUGGAAAGCUUUUUUAAAACUCUUGGGAAUUGUUUUUUUCCUCUUCUUGUGCGGCCUUCUACCCUGGAUCGACAACAUUGCCCACAUUUUUGGCUUCCUCAGCGGCAUGCUGCUCUCAUUUGCCUUUUUGCCCUACGUUACAUUUGGAACUUUUGACAAGUACCGUAAACGCAUCCUCAUUGGCGUUUCGCUCCUGGCCUACAUUGGCCUGUUCUCAUCGCUCAUUGUUUGGUUUUAUAUAUACCCCAUUAACUGGCACUGGCUGGAGCAUCUGACAUGCCUGCCCUUCACGAACAAGUUCUGCGAGAAGUACGAUAUUGAUCACGACAUUAACCAUGUGGUGCACUAGUCAUUACCUUGCUGAUGUCCUCUGUGACCAAGAUAACCAGAGAUAAUCCAGGUUUUCUAAGUGCUCUUUAAAUCUUUGGCAAUUGUGUCUUCUGUUAUUGUUGUUUUAUCAAAGGUACUCAGCAGAGUCUGAUUAUUAACACACUUCCAUAAAGGUCGGACUCUGCCAGUAUUUACCUGCUGCUCGGCCAAUGCAUCUUUAGACCCUGCGGAUGGGAAAAUUACUCAGGACCUCAAAUGCAAAAAGCAGGAUGAAACCAAAGAAGCAUCACUGGUUUUGUUCAGCAUUUUUAAAAGCAUACAGGCGAAGGCUGAUCCAGCGGAAAUGGAUACCACCAUUAUCAACUUAGGUGAACCGGAUGCCCCACAUAAAUGACAUUGGGGUCAAACACUGGACAAAUCUGCUGUUUUAAUGAAUUUCUGUGUUUUGAAGAGAUCCUCUUGGCUUGGCAGGCCAGUAGUUUUUGAAAAGUGUACAUUGUUUAGGUCAACAGAAGUGGUGGGCAGAGGUGAGAUUAGAGUUGCUGCCAUUCUACCCACCUUCAGUUUGUUACUAACCACAGCCAUCGAGGAAGCGGCUGUGAGUGAUCAAUGCUGAGGGGAUAAGAAAUUAAGGGAGCCAUGAGAUUUAUCUGUUGGCUUGCAGGUCAUUUGACAUUAUGUAAAACAUGAGAUGUAAUAAUUUAUUGUUCAUCUUUUUUUUUUUUUACUUUGAACAAAUGUUAGCCUGUAACGAUUUCAACUUCCCUUUUGAACACAUUUUAGCCUGUAACGAUUUCAAAUUUAUUCUGUUUUAAGCACCAAGAUUGCCCUUUGUUUAAAGGACUGCCUGUUUAAAGGAACCCUCUGCACUGUGCCUUUUUUUUUUUUUUUUUUUUUUUAAACUUGAAAGCAUGUGAAUGUUUCAAUUGAACCCCCAAAAACAAUCAUGACUUCACAGCGCCUAUUUGCACUAAGACCAAAUGACUUUUUUAGAUAGAAACAAAAAGGGCAACAUGAACCUUAAUUUUUGACAUCAAAGCUCUACUUUAAUCUAAUUUGAAAAUCAAUGUAAUGUUAAAGCAAUCAUGUAAAAAUAAAUGACACUUUAUUAAUAAUG